GAGUCGCUCCGUAUUUCUGUCGGUUGGCAAUAAAUCGCAGAUAGUCACUGUUCGCGUCAGCGUUCAGUCUCGGUGUUCCGCUUGCCCGCCCGAUCUUUCCGCUUCUCGUUCUCCGGUCAUGUAUCUGCUGUGUUUCUUUUUCCUGCUGCUAUGGAGCGGUCCGGUGCGCAGUUAUUUCCCGGAGGAGCGCUGGAGCCCGGAGUCCGCGCUGCUCGCGCCGCGGGUGCUGCUCGCGCUGGUGUGCCGCAACUCGGCGCACUCUCUGCCGCACGUCCUCGGUGCCAUCGACCGUCUCAACUACCCCAAAGACCGCAUGGCUGUAUGGGUGGCCACAGAUCAUAAUUCAGACAACACCACUGCAAUCCUGCGCGAAUGGCUGAUAAACGUCCAGAACUUCUAUCAUUAUGUGGAGUGGAGACCUCAGGAGGAGCCCAGCGUCUAUGAGGAUCCGAGAGGCCCGAAGCACUGGACGAGUCUGCGGUACGAGCACGUGAUGAAGCUGCGUCAGGCAGCCCUCGACACGGCGCGGGAGAUGUGGGCCGACUACUUUUCUGUGGUGGACUGUGAUAACCUCCUGACCAACCAGGACGUUUUAUGGCAGCUGAUGCAGGAGAACAAGACGAUCGUGGCGCCGAUGCUGGAGUCCAGAGCGGCGUACUCAAACUUCUGGUGCGGCAUGACGUCUCAGGGUUAUUAUAAGCGGACGCCGGCCUACAUGCCCAUCCGCAGGCAGGAGAAGAAGGGCUGCUUCGCCGUGCCCAUGGUUCACUCCACCUUCCUGCUGGAUCUGAGGAAGGAGGCGUCCCGUGGGCUGGCCUUCUUCCCGCCUCAUCCCGACUACAGCUGGGCCUUCGACGACAUCAUCAUCUUCGCCUUCUCCGCGCGCAUGGCAGAGGUUCAGAUGUACAUCUGCAACAGAGAGACUUAUGGGUAUUUCCCCGUGCCCCUGCGCUCCCAUAAUACCUUGCAGGACGAGGCGGACAGUUUUCUGCACUCGCUGCUGGAGGUUAUGGUGCGCAGUCCUCCAUCAGAGCCGUCCGUGUAUCUCUCUCUUCCUCCUAAACAGCCUGAUAAAAUGGGCUUCGAUGAGGUGUUUAUGAUAAACCUGCUGAGGCGCUCGGACCGCAGAGAGCGCAUGCUCAGGACUCUGUAUGAACAAGAGAUCGCCUGCAAGAUCACCGCCGCUGUAGAUGGCAAGGCGCUGAACACCAGUCAGAUCGAGGCGCUGGGGAUCCAGAUGCUCCCCGGAUACAGCGACCCGUAUCACGGCCGGCCGCUCACUAAAGGAGAGCUGGGCUGCUUCCUGUCACACUUCAACAUCUGGACAGAGAUUGUGGAUCGGGGACUGAAGACGUCUCUGGUGAUCGAGGACGACCUGCGCUUUGAGGUUUUCUUUAAGCGUCGUCUGCAGAAUCUGAUGGAGGAGAUCGAGUCUCAGCGGCUGGACUGGGACUUGAUUUACAUCGGCCGCAAGCGGAUGCAGGUGGACCGGCCGGAGAAAUCUGUGCCCAGAAUACACAACCUGGUGGAGGCGGAUUACUCGUACUGGACGCUGGGAUACAUGAUCUCGCUGCGCGGCGCUCAGAAGCUGCUGCGGGCCGAACCGCUCAAAAACAUGCUGCCGGUGGACGAGUUCCUGCCCGUCAUGUACAACAAACACCCCAUCGAGGACUACAUGUCUCACUUCGAGCGGCGGGAUCUGCAAGCGUUUUCGGCCGAGCCGCUGCUGGUUUACCCCACGCACUACACGGGCGACGCAGGCUACAUCAGCGACACGGAGACCUCCACCGUCUGGGACAACGAGACGGUCCGCACCGACUGGGACCGAGCGCGAUCACGCAAGAGCAGCGAGCAGGAGGAGCUCAGCACCGAGGCGCAGAACUCAGACGUGCUUCAGUCUCCGCUGGACAGCACGGCCCGCGACGAGCUCUAGCUGCCGAAACACUCGAGCUCAGCGGAGAAACCCUCACGAUCACAGCCACCAGCGCUGAGGACGGUCAGAACUGAGAGCUGCGAAUGCUUCACUGGACGUCACACAGCUCCAAUUCACCUCACAACGUACUUCAGAGGAGAUGAACACCUGUGAUCUUCCUGAAAUGCUGGAACAGUAAAUAUGACACUGGUUAUAUGCAGUAUAUUGAUUUUAUUGGUAUGAAUGAGAAUCUCAAGGACAAUCUCAACCUCCAUAGAGAUGGUUUGGUUUUGGAUAUUUUAAUCUAGUAGUUUGUCAGGAGUCCUGGCCGAUCCUUUGUGCUUUAGUAAAAUCAGUGUGAUUUUUAACAUUUCAUUCCUUUAUUAUUUCACUUUGAUCAUGAUGUGAGUACGUAAAGCUGUUGUUAUGCAUCCCAGAUUAAGGUCAGGAUCAGAUCGGCAUGUUUUUAUCUGAUAGUUUGCUUGCAAAUGAUUAAUUUAUUGCUCGUUCAGCUCGUUCGUAGUCCUCGAGGUCAGUGUUACCCGUGAUGUGAACCGCACAGAAGUGUUUAACCUUUAGUUUUUAUGUUGUCUGUUUUUUCAGUUGCCUUAAGAGAUUUGUAUGGGAGAAUAGAAACUGAUUAAAAUGAAUCCAUUUUAAUGCAAACUAAUGUUUACAUGAUGCUUAAUGUGCUAGCUCGAGAAAUGCAUAAUAUUUAGUUAAAUGUGUGAAAAUGGAUUAUUUUUGUUCAAUGUAUCAAUCUUUUCUGUUUCUUUCAUCCUGAAUGUGCCUUUUACCAAAGAAUAAAGAAUGUUUCCUAAA